AUGUAGUCGUGUUUGAUGAGUUUCAUUUCCUCUGAUGUUAAACGUUAAAGAUGAUAACACAUUUGAUCUUCGUUGGUCUUCUCUCCCUCCUCAGCUCUUCUUUAUGUCAAGCAUGUAAUCCAAAUAUUCUGUUGAACAUGGAUUUCCCGGGAAAUGACAUAACAUUUCUCUACUCCCCUGAUGUUAACCACUGUCAGCUCCUGUGCACCCAGCACCCCUCUUGCCUCUUCUUUAGCUUUAUUCGUGCUGAUUGGACCCACGAUGACAGGCACUUCUACUGCUACCUAAAGUCCACUCCCUCAGGAGAGCCCAGUGCUCAGACUCCAGUACAGGGUGUCACUUCUGGUUUUUCUCUAAAAUCCUGCAGCCCAGGCCCACAACCUUGCCUGUCUGAGCUGUACCAAAACAUGGACUUUAUCGGGGGAGACUACAGGUCCUUGUUCACAGGUGACCACAAGGAGUGCCAGCGAGUGUGCACUCAGGACCCUGCGUGUCAGUUCUUCACUUUUGUAAAACAGAAUUUCUCAAAUAGUAAAGUCAGGUAUAAGUGUUACCUAAAAUUCAGUUGGACUGUACCAAGGACUCCUGUUAUUGAAAGAAAAGCUGAUGUAACAUCUGGAUUCUCCCAAAAAACAAACCAAACUCAGCACUUUGACAAAGUAUGUCAGAGAAAGCUUUUUCCAAACACUGACAUCCCAGGAAGUGACAUUGAGUCUCUGCCUGCUGCCUCUCCUGAACACUGUCAGACUCUGUGCUCAACUCAUCCGCGCUGCACCUACUUCACUUAUAACAGGAAUACCUUUGUUUGUUACCUGAAGGAAAACACACAUGAAAUAGUCACCAGGGCAGAUACAGGCACUUCAGGGCUACCACACCGUUCCUGUCAGCUUGACGACAACUGGGCCAGAGUGGCUUAUGAAGGAGUAGAUUUCAAUGGUUCUGACAUUCGCUAUGAGUUGAUGGAUGAUGCAGACACAUGCCAGAAGACAUGCACUGAGGACCCUCACUGCCAGUUCUACACCUACGCUGAUGAAACCUUCUUUGAUCGCAGUUAUCGGCGUCGCUGCUACCUGAAGCGUGUCAUCACCAUCCCUGCUCCUCCCAAAGUCAUCAAAGUCACCAAUGUUGUGUCGGGUUUCUCCCUUAAAAACUGCCCAUAGACUCAGGGAUCUACUUGUAACAUGUGUGAAAUUAAGUUUGAAGACUUCACAGCUCUCAGUGGGAUUUUUGUGGAACCUAAAUAAAUCAUUUCAAACAUGA